AUGGACGGCGCUUUUCAAGUCAUCUUAGUUCUGUGGGUUUGCUGUGGCUAUAUUUUGGCUGAGAUCUGCCCUCCCGACUGGAACCGAUACGGCGAGUCGUGUUACUUCAUUUCAAAUACCACGAUGGAUUGGUACCAAGCAAAUCGCACUUGUACCGAAAGGUCGCGAGCCAACCUGGCCUACCCAACCUCACAACCCGAACAGGAUUACAUAUGGGAACUAUUCCAGAACAAGUUUCCUUCUACCGAUCUCUGGAUUGGUUGUAAUGACAUCGAGGAGGAGGGAAACUGGCAGGAAUGUCCGAUGAAGAGCGGCACCAACGGUUAUGCAAAUUGGGGCGAUGGGGAACCCAACGAUCAGUACGAAUCCGAUUGUGGAUUGAUAAGGUUAAGUAAUAACGGCCUCUGGGAUGAUUAUCCGUGCACCCAUGGGCUGUUUGCUGUCUGCAAGCUCCCCGUCUGCAGCGUACGUUUGACACCCAAGUGCCUGCUCCGCCACGCUAUGGAGGAGCUAGAGAAAUCGUGCAGCGGGAAGGGUUGCCGAUCACACCCUCAAUAUCAAACCUCCCUUAUAGACAACUGCUGUGAUGAUCAGUAA